UAUAUAAUCUCUCAUCACAUCUCGUUGCGUGUGGACUGUGGUGUGUUGAGGGAGCCUACAUUCUCAAUUUCACCGCCGCCCCUGAUUCCUCAUCAGCUUCUGCCGCUGAUUGAGUGACUGUUUCUAGUGAAGACGAAGCUCAUCGAUUCUGUCCUUUUUUCCUUAUUAAAAUUUUAAGUUUUAGGUUAUAUAAUAUAUAAAUGGGGGCAGAACAAAAUUCAAAUGAAAAUCACAUUACGAAUGGAAAUGGUGCUGUAUUUGCUAACGGGAAGGAAGAUAAUGCUCCUUUAGUUUUGGGUCUUCAACCUUCUGCCCUUGUUGAUUAUGUUGCUAAAGUUGAUUGGUCUUUACUUGAUCAAAUUCCUGGUGAAAGGGGUGGUUCUAUUCCGGUUGCAUGGUCGGAUGUGGAGCACAUACUUAGUGAGGUCAAAACCCAUAUAGCCCCCUCUGAAGAUGACCUAUCUCCUGUGAAGACUCUUGGUGGAGGUAGUGUAGCAAAUACAAUUCGAGGUUUGUCUUCAUGUUUUGGUGUCACUUCUGGUCUUGUUGGUGCUUGUGGUGAUGAUGAGCAAGGGCAGUUGUUUAUACAUAACAUGAACUCUAAAGAUGUUGAUUUGUCGAGAUUGAUGACAAAGAAGGGAGCCACUGCGCAGUGCAUCUGCUUGGUUGAUGCAGUUGGAAAUCGCACAAUGCGACCAUGCCUUUCACAGGCUGUUAGACUAAAGGCUGAUGAGUUGACUGAUGAAAACUUCAGGGGUUCCAAGUGGUUGGUAAUGAGAUUUGCAGCAAUUAAUUUGGAACUCAUACAUGCUGCUGUUAGAAUAGCUAAACGGGAUGGACUUCUUGUCUCCCUGGACUUGGCUAGUUUUGAGAUGGUACGACACCAUAAAGCAGCUUUGGUAGAAUUGCUUGAAUCUGGAGAUAUCGAUCUUUGUUUUGCCAAUGAAGACGAAGCGUUGGAAAUUGUGAGGGGCAAACAAGAUACAAGUCCUGAAGCUGCACUUGAUUAUCUAGCAACACAUUGCCAAUGGGCUGUUGUGACGCUUGGUUCCAAGGGUUGCAUCGCCAAGCAUGGGAAGGAGACAGUGAAGCUCUCGGCCAUAGGCGAAGCACAACCUUGUGAUGCCACAGGAGCCGGGGACCUCUUCGCAAGUGGGUUCAUAUACAGCUUGAUAAAUGGUCUAUCCUUAGAGGAUUGUUGUAAAGUAGGCUCUUGCAGUGGAGGUUCUGUCAUUCGAUCGUUAGGAGGUGAUGUAACUCCAGAAAACCGUCAAUGGAUGUACAAGCAGAUGCAGAUCAAAGAUCUUCCUGUUCCCAAAGUUUCUUUAUGAUGCUCUAUAUUGCGAGUCAUACUCAUCCUCAAUUUUUUAGGUAGAUAUAUAACAUUGUCGUUGGGGCAGAUAUGGCAUCCAUGAAUCGCGGAAAGGAGAAAACCGGACGAGUAGAUGUAUGCUUACUAUUUAUUUAUCAAGAUUCUAAUUUUUAGUGAUGCUUUAUUUGGGACAUAGCUAAUAAAAAUGUCAUUCCUGCCUGAAUUAUCAUUGAAAUUGUACUUGCUAUAAUAUCAAUAAAGGUGAGGCAAGGGAGGGAUUUAUUUGUGA